AGCCAUGUUGUUGUAGCAUCUCUGAGGGUAGGGGAGAAAGAGAGAGAGCGACUGUUGGAAACCUCAAAAACGAACCGACUCCAAAUCCACAUCCAUCUGCUGCUAAAGGAGACGAGCAGCGUCUGGAGCAACUAUGAGCGGGGGGACCCCAUAUAUCGGCAGCAAAAUCAGCCUCAUCUCGAAGGCUGAGAUACGCUACGAAGGGAUUUUAUACACUAUCGACACCGAGAACUCGACCGUCGCACUCGCCAAAGUCCGUUCAUUUGGUACGGAGGAUCGACCAACUGACAGACCUAUUCCUCCUCGUGAUGAAGUGUUUGAAUACAUAAUUUUCCGCGGCAGCGACAUCAAAGAUCUCACUGUAUGUGAACCACCCAAACCCCAGUGCUCUCUGCCUCAGGAUCCUGCAAUCGUCCAAUCAUCGCUUGGGACCUCCACAGCUUCUUCAUUCCAGUCUGUAGGAUCCUAUGCGCCGUUCAGCAGGAUGCCUGCCUACAGUCAGUUUAGCCCCAGCCCGUUGGUGGGACAGCAGUUUGGGGGUGUAGGAGUGGGAAGCUCUUUGACAUCUUUUGGUACAGACACUACUGUCCCUGCACCACUCUCCCAGAGCAAUGCAAUUGGUUCUGCUUUUUCCCCUGACACACGUUCACUGAAAACACAAUUAUCUCAAGGAGGAUCUACUGAGAAUUCCGUUCCAUUUGCAGGGAUGUCGUAUCGGCAGGCAGCAGCAAAGCAUUUGGUCAAUAAGCAACAGAAGACAAAUAUACAUAAAAGUCGCUCAAGCCCCCCACUUGACCAUCUAAGGAAAAGCCCGACCUUGGAGCAGGGGGUACAGACUGCCCCAGCCGCUGCCUCUGCUCCCCCAGCACCUGUGAGCAGGAGGAGCCCAGCACCAGCCCGGCCUGUUCCCUCCACCAACCAGAAACCAGCAGAUAGCCAGGAACAGAGACGGGAGGUACAGAAAAUGGCAAGGCCUGAUGCAGAUCAAGUCAGGAAUGAAAACCGUGAGCCCAACAAGAGGCAACCAGGCAUAUUUGAUGGGCCUCCUUCUGCAAGGCGGGGGCGUGGUGGACAUCGUGGCAGAGGCAGGUUUGGUGUCAGGAGAGAUGGCCCGAUGAAGUUUGAGAAAGACUUCGACUUUGAAAGCGCCAAUGCCCAAUUCAAUAAGGAGGAAAUUGACAGAGAAUUCCAGAAUAAACUCAAAUUAAAAGAUGAGAAGCUAGAAAAGCCAGAAAAGGCAGUGAAUGGUGAAGACAAGGGAGACUCUGGGGUUGAAACUCAGAACAGUGAAGGGAAUGCAGAUGAAGAGGAGGCACCGGGACCCCACUGUUACUACGACAAAUCCAAAUCCUUCUUUGACAACAUCUCCUGCGAUGACACGAGGAAAGCUGCAGAAAAAUCAGGAGUACAAUCUUUUCCAAGGGAGAGGCGACAGACCUGGGCAGAAGAAAGGCGGAUGAAUGCAGAGACCUUUGGUAUCCCGUUGCGCCACAAUCGCGGUCGCGGGGGCUUCCGAGGCCGUGGAGGAAUGGGGUUUCGUGGGGGGCGGGGCCGCGCUGGGGGACGUGGAAUGUUCGGAGCCCCACGUGGUGCUUUCCGUGGAGGAUUCAGUAGAGGACGCGGAGGAAGAGAGUUCUCAGACUUUGAAUACCGGAAGGACAACAAAGUUGCAUAGUAUACUGGAAGAUAGAUCCAAAAGAAAUUCAGCUCUUCAUGGUCCAGAGAAUUUUGUUCAGUUAAAACUUUUUGACAAUAAGAAUGAAGAAAUGUUUUUGCUGUAUAUUUGUCACCAGCACUGGGAUAGUCUGCUUGACUUCAAAGGGUUGUAAUGCAUUUAUUGUUUUUAUGAUUAAAGGCGUCUCUAAAAUGUUAAGCUACAUGUUUGAAUAUCAGCAGGAUAAGUACAUUUCUUCUAUAUAGAUACAGUACUUCAGUAAAACUAUUCAGUAUUUUUGCAUCAAUAUUGAAGUUUCUUAUUAAAAUGUAUUUGAUAAUCUGUUAGUUGUAACGAAAUGUAUGCAGAAGGCCGUUGAUACUGUGAUGAAAGUACUUUGAUCACUGAAAUAGCUUUAUUUUUGGAUAUAUCCUGUAAUGUACCUUAGAAGCACCACAUUUAUGUAUAUAGCUACUGGUUUACAACUUUCUAAAAAAAAAAAAAAGAAAAAAAAAAAGUUUAACUUCAAAUGUCAUUAUUCCCUGUAUAAAAGUCUGGUUCUUUGUAGGUAGAGGGUAUUUGGUACGUUGGUCCAAAAAAAAAAAAAAAAAUAAUCAUGGAUGUGGUUUGUGGAUACUAGUAGCUAUUAUGAAAGGUUCUGUAAAGAUGUCUCUUUGUUUUUGUUUGCUUUCUUAUAGCAAAACAGUGUAGAAAUGUAAUUGCUUCUGUGGAAUCAUCAUAUUUGGUAUUUGAUGAUAACGUGGACAGAAAUGCAUUUCAUUUAAUUAGGUUUUGAAUCUUGACAAAAGGCUUUCGCACUGCAUGCAGAGGAGAAACAUGAUGCACACGCUGAAAGCAGUUAGUUAUUGGUUUUGGCUAGCGAAGUAUGAGUAGUUGCCUUUUUAUAUUUGCAUAGUUUUUAUUGUGUUUACGUAACUUAUCAGUAAAAUAAAAUUCCUGUUAAAUUGGAUUUCAGGUGUUUAGUUUUCAUGUCUUUUGUUAGUCUUUCUAACCAGGUAAAGAGAAAUUCCUAUAAUUAACAACUGGCUUGCACUGCUAAAUUUAUUGGCCCAGUUCUACUCCACUUCCAUAGUGUUUUUGGUGCUCCAAAUGCUUAAUUCUUGAGCUUCAUUGUAAAAAUAUGUAGCUGCCUUGCAUGGCACACAUUGUGAAUGGGCCGUUAGACGUGGUAGUCUCUUUGGCUUUCAAUUUAAGUUGUAUGUUGGGGGCAGCGGUGGUACCCUAAACUAUCUGUAUAGUAAGUAUUGGUAGAAAAUGAAAGAUUGACUUUUUAAUUUUAAUGUGAGCCAGUUUAGGAAAACGCUAUUUGGAUGCAGCUAGUGACUGUUUUACCAGAUUAGCAGACCUUUUGUAAAUGGGUAGUUUUUAUUAAAAGUAGCCUCUCUGGCACAUAACAGGAUUUUUUCAAAAAAAGUGUAGUACAGACAGUAGUUGCGUAUGAAAAGGUCUUCAACAUCAGUGGAAAGAUGCAGUUAGCUUUAAAUGGUAGGAAAAUGCUAUGUUAAUGGGAUCGGAAUAUACUGCAUAACGAGACUUAAUGUUCCUUCUGCCAUGUGUGAUUUGAACGAUACAGCCCUAUGGUUUUGUUACAGUUUGCAUAGGUGUUCUACUUAGACAUUCAAUACAUGCUUUGAGCAAGUCUCCUUGUUUGUAACUGCUUAUGUUUUUAAAUAUUAUAGAUAAGAUAAAGCACUGGUAUUCUGAGCUGCCCACAAAAAUGGUUUUGUCCAGUAUCUGAAUUCUUCUAAAAGUAUGUUGAAGCAUUUGUAAUGUGGUCCCCCCUCCCCUUCAUAGACCACUGGAAUAAUAAAGGGAUCCAAAGAUAUAUUUAAAAGAAAGAGAAAAAAGGUUAAUCAAUACUUUGUGUAUAACAUUGUCCUCAAACAAUUUGGUUCGGUAGAGGAAGUGGGGUGGAAUAAAUGUAUUGUGGUUGACUGGACACUUGAAAGAAAUAUUUUAAAUAAGUUUAAUAGCUGGUGAAAAUUAACUAGACAGACUUAAAAGCACUACAAUGAAACCUACACUAGGUAAGGAAGAAAACUAGGGCAGCUAGUUAAAAUGUCCAGUGGUUUUAAUAAAUGUACAGCUUGUCUGGAACUAGUAGUGAGCACAUGAAACACUGCAUGUUAACAACCAUGCCCUGUGAGUUGCCACAAUCAUGAUACAGAACAACUUUGGUUUUCCGCUAUAGAGGCUGUAUGUUGUCGCAAUAACUAUGUAAUAUUACUGAAAUGUCCCAUGCUAAUUUAAGCAAGAUUUAAAGCUGUAAAUAAUACCAAAAUGUGAAGAAGAUAUGAAUUUAAGCAUUUCUCCUCCUAAGCGCUGGAUGAAUACCCAGAUGUGUUGGUGGGUUUUUUUUUUAUUAAAACAAAAAAAAAAACAAGAACAUUUACAGCAUGGUGUACUUUCAGUGUGCCUCACCAGACUGACAAGUGAGGUUUUUAUUCAAUGCGGAGAAUAAACAGUUGUUCAAUGUGUUGACUGUCUUUUUGUAGUUUUGUUU